GAACUCUUCCCUUUCCACGUUGACCCCAAACCUCCAAUCGCCCCCCUCACGUGUUCCACAAGCGAGAGCUCUUGCCAUGGAGUGCUGCCACUGCAGGAGCGCCAUUCCAGGUCCCACGGCGUCUUCUCGCCGCGCCGUUCUUCUCCACCCCGACGGAGCUCGUCGCCGGCUUCUCGUACCCGCGCCUGCGUUCUGGGGCUCGGCGAGUCGGGGUCGGCUCGUGAGCUUCGGGGCGCCGCCUCAGCCUCGGUGCCACAAGAUGUAUGUUCCCGGCUUUGGGGAGGGCUCACCAGAGAAGAAGGCGGCGAUUAGUCUGCAGAACUUCUUCAAUUACCUGGCUGUCAGAAUUGUGCUCGCACAACUUGAGAGUUACAACCGAGAAGCAUAUGUCGAGCUGAAGGAGUUUGUAAGCCGCAACUCCGUCAACGAUGCUGAUACUUUCUGCAAAAAGUUGAUCCGUGAGUCUCCAAGGCACAAAGCAUUAGCUAUGAGGAUUUUGGAGGUUCGAUCUGCUUAUAUGAAGAAAGAUUUCGAAUGGGACAACCUGAAGAAGAUAUCUUUCAAGUUUUGUUAUUUUUGCCUUCCAUGGUGCAUGUGCAGAUGGUUGACGAUGCCAACACAAAGCUCAUGAGGGAUUAUGUCCUGGAGAUUAGUCACAUCGAAGACGAUAAAUGAUGAUUUUGCAUAUAUCAUUCCUCUCAAUCCGUCCACAGCUAUACACUUCUCCUGUCCAUGCAUGAUAUAACUUAGACAGAACUGAUCUUUUAUGUGGCUUGUACAUUGAACAUGAUAUAUGUAGAAGGUCAAAUAUACUCCAAUAAGUGUCUGCAACAUAUAGCUUGCCCCA